AUGGCCACCGCCGCGCCGCAUCCACAGGACGACAGCGACGACGACGAUAUAGAACUAGACCCUAUGAGAGUCCUUCUGCCUGCCGAAGAAUCCGAAGAACGAGAAACCCCAUCGGCGCCGCGAGAUGGAGACUCCAAUCUAGAAAUCGAGCAGCAUUACCUCCAUUCGAUCAAGUCAACCGUGAAAAUCCGCCAGCUCCCAUCGGAAGGCCUCUCCUUCAAGCUAUGGCCCGCAGCCACCACUCUCGUCAACCUCCUCGACCGCCACGUAGUCGAUCCCACAACCAGCCCGCUCUUGUCCACCCUCACCGCCGCCCGAGCAGGCCGCUGCCGCGGGAAGCUCAAAAUCCUGGAGAUUGGCUCGGGGACCGGCCUCGUCGGGAUAGCUGCUGCGGCCGUGCUGGGCGCUGACGUCACGGUCACCGACCUCCCCCAUGUGGCGCCUAACCUUCAAUUCAACGCGGAGCUCAACGCCGACGUGGUGCGCUGCGGAGGAGGGGCGGUCGACGUGGCUCCGCUGAGUUGGGGAGAGGAGGAUGACGUGGAAACCGUCGCGGGGCGGGGAUUUGACCUGGUGGUAGCGUCCGACGUCGUUUACCAUGAUCAUCUGUACGAUCCACUGCUCAAAACGCUGCGUUGGUUGCUGCUGGGAGGAACAGAGCCGGCAGGGGAUAGGAAGCCGGCGUUUGUGAUGGCGCAUUUGAGGAGGUGGAAGAAGGACUCCGCGUUCUUCAAGAGGGCCAGGAAGUCGUUUGAUGUGGAAGCGAUUUACGUGGACAGCCCGAGUGAAGGGCGCAGAAUCGGCGUCACCGUAUACCGUUUACGGCCAAGGGACUGA